AUGAAGCUAACAGGUAUAUUAAUUAUUGCUUUCUUUCUUGGUCUGUUUUUAACUGUUGUCUUAUCGAAUAUGGAAAAUAAUGAUCUCGAUUUCAUCGAUGACAAUCAUCUUAUAUUCAAACGAGAUAUAUUUCAUCGUGAACGUCGUGAUGAUCCAGCACAAUCACCAGGUCAAUGUGUCCCAUGUAAGUUUGGUAUGGGACGUUGUUGUUAUCCAAAUAUUUGUGUUAAAAAACAUUUGCGACCAGAUAAAUGUCUUCGCAUAAAGAGGGGCUAA